AUGUCGCUGCAGCCCAACGGCUUCAGCAGUUUGGCCCCAGAAAUCCAGGUUCUUGACGGAGUGGUCCAACCGAUAUGGCUAUACAGCUGCUCGAGCCAAAAGCUGAUCUGGGCAAACAAGGCAGCAUUGCGUUAUUUUAACAAGACCCUAGACAGCUUUACGUCCUACAAGUUCACCCGUCUUUCACCUGAGGAACUCUCUAGUUUCCUAGUGCUCAAUACGCUUCUUCGGGACGAGGUCGAGAAUGGAGGUCUGGACCAGGUCAUUUCAGGUUUCGGGCAUUCCGUUCUGCCGGGAGUCAUCCCGCAUGAGGACCUUUCUAACAGCGAGUACCUGUACAAGCAAUUCCACAUGUUACGGCCCAUGUCAAGCUAUGCUCGGGUAACGCAAAUACAGCUUAUAAGUGGGCCUAAUCUGAGCUUGCCAACGGUGAAUACCACGACCGUCAAGACGGUGCGAAGAGAGCGGAACCGCCAGAGCAGCGCAGAUGGGCGUAUCGUCAACGGCACAAAGGUGACGUCGACGGUUUCGAGCCUUAUCGACAUCUGCGACCGCAUCCUCAAGGGCCUGGAGGUUGACCUCAAUAGCGUUGAGGCCGUGCAUCAAGCAGUGUUGCGCGGGGAUAUCAUCACGCAGCCGACGCGAAUUGAGGAGGAGCUCGUGUCGAAAGAGGAGCUGGACCAGGACGUCGGCCUGAACCUUUUGCAGCUCUUGGGAGGGAAGAAACUCGGAGAGCGCUUUGCGCCUGCACCAGAAAGCUAUGAUGGCGAGGUGAUUACCGGCCCCGUACCUGGCGGGUCACGCAGCGGGGGUACGACGGUCACGGCGGUUACCAUGGCAGCAGCG